CGGAGCGGGCCGUAGCAGUCAUGGCGGAGCACAAGGCGGCCAAAGCGGCUGACGCUUCAACAGCAACAGCCGAGGAAGCGUCGUGGAGCGGUCUCUUCUCAGAGGUCUUCCUGAGCCCGCUGAACGUGGUCCUCGCCUCCAUAUGCAUUUACCUGAUAUACAAGAUAUUCUUCAGCAGACAGCACAGCCGGAGCUCCGAGGUGAAGCGUGAGCCCGAGCUUCCUCCUAUGAAAAAGCGGGACAUGACUCUCGAGGAAAUUCGUAAAUACGACGGCACUGGCGAAGACGGCAGGGUCCUCGUGGCUGUAAACGGGAAAGUUUUCGACGUCACGAAAGGACGGCAUUUCUACGGUCCAGGUGGACCUUACCAUGCCUUUGCGGGCUACGACGCCUCCCGUGGUCUGGCCACUUUCUCUGUGGAGCGACCCAAGGACGGCUACGAUGACCUCUCUGACCUGAACCCAAUGGAGAUGGAGAGCGUGCGAGAAUGGGAGAUGCAGUUCACAGAGAAGUAUCACUACGUGGGACGUCUGCUAAAGCCAGGUGAAGAGCCAACCGACUACUCCGAUGAAGAGGAGUCAUCCGCCGCCGACGCUGCUGCCAAGAAAGAUGGCGGCGAUCCAUCGGCUGCUGCAUCGGGUGGUGACGCUAAGCCGCAUGCGGACUGAGAGGCUACACAUACACACAUUGCUGCCUCCGCCAUCGCCCAACUGCCAUGGGAACAUGUUUUCAUUUUGUCACUGUUCGUUUGCUUCUCCAAUGCGUGUGUGUGUGGCCAGGUUUCUAACGUUGUGCCUAGAGGGAGUCAUGCUGCUAAUGUUUUGUCAAGAUGCUAGGUAAUGCUCAGUGCUCAUGUUGUGCAGAAUUGUGAAUAUAUGUACAUUGAUGUAAACUGCCUAGACUGUUGCAUGUUCGCAAAUGUUCUGUAUUACUGAAGUGUAAACAAAAAUAGGUGUAUUGUGGUGAUUUGAUAUAGGUAGACGUUGCAGACAGUCAAGACCUUACAAAAUUCGUGCUGGUCUUCCAGAGUGGAGUGAUCAGUGUUUAAAUACAGUUUUAGUGCAGAUGUGUGCACUGGGACGGUGAUUCUGCAUUUUCCUCCAGUGCUUCGAAAAGGGUACAAAUCGCUGUGUAUUUAAGCGGACACAGUUGUCUUUUCCGUAUCAUGAGCAGCCUAGCCUUCCUUUAGCCACAGUUCGGGGGAAACUCUGCGCCACCAGUGGUUGGCUCUCGUCUGCCUCUUUUGGCAGUGUUGUUUGCUUGUGAUGCUGCUGUGGUUAUUUUUUUAUGCAGUGAGCUGGACAGAGUGGUGUACGAUAAUCUACAAACUAAUGUUAAUCGAUGCUUUAUAAGGUACAAAUUAUUAGACGCGUAGUUGUGGGCAUAUUGAACUCGUCGCAGUUUUGCCCUAACACGAAGCACUACGUGCCGUACUUCACACCUUACAAUUUCCAUGGAUUGCAGUUGCAUACCAAGGCUGUGUGUGAGCAGGAGGGCAUAAUUUAUUGUCGCUGGUAGCUUGUAAAAUUCACGAUGGACUCGCGCAUUAUGUAAUGUGACACUCUGACCUGCCACUGUGUUAAUAAUUGCCAGUGCAGCAGCAGUUACUAUGUGGCACUUUUCAGGCCUUGUGUGUGUUUUAAGUGAGUGCGUGUCUGUCUUUCGUUUCGUUUUUUUUUUCCCUUUCGAGCAGCCUUUUUUUCCGCACCCGACCCCAUUAAAGCUUUAUUGUACAAGCAAAGGAAAACCUGCCAAGAAUGCUAGGACGCUGCUGCUACUGUGGCUCCCCUCCAAAAUGGGUGUGCCUGUACAACAUGGCAGCUUCCUUAGUUCUCCUUUGCCCCAGUGUUGCACCUGGUGCAGCGAUGGGUUUAACACUGCUUAUAUAUUUUGUGAAGUAUCAGUUGGGUCUUGCAUAUGGAGAGUGAGAAGUGCUUGUUUUUGCUUCUUGUUUUCCCGGUUUCCACGCACAGACUUGUACAUAUAUAAGUAUAUUCUCGUGGGCAUGUCCUUAGUUCUAAAUCCUUUCUUUUUAGAUGACAAUGGACACAACUGUGGCUGUUAUCUGCAGUGUGUGUAUAGAAAAGCUACUUGUGUGCAUGGUGGGUGUCUGUGUGAUUAAAGAAAGAAAAAAAAAUGUGGGAUAUUCCAAAAAAAAGAA